UGGAAAUUUGGUUUACGUUUCGUGGUGCUAAAAUUACAUCACAUUGUCCCACCGGUUGAAGCAAAUGUUACCGUGCCCGCCAUCGCAGUGCAGCGCUGAAAACGGUGCCGAGCGUAAACAUUUCAACAUCCUAAAUUAUUAAUCCAUUUGUGGCAACAAUGCCUACAGCAGAACCACUACCGAACCACCACCAGAAUGGCAAAGAACCGGCGGCACCUUGUCGAACGUGUAUGGAUUUUAAAUCAUGGUCGAAACAGCAACGUAAAUCGCUUAGUACAAGUACCGGAGCCAGCAGCGUUGCAAAAGCUUCCUCCGAUUCUGAUGUAGCGCAUCGGAAAACGGACAGCACCGACGAUCGGAGCAGUGGAUCGCCACCGAACUGCCCGCUCGAUAAGGAACAGCUCGGACGAUACACCUGGGGGUUACUACAUACGGUUGCUGCUUACUAUCCAACGGUUCCCACCGAAACGGAUGAACGGAAUGUGCGAACGUUUUUCACGUCCUUCUCAAAGCUCUAUCCAUGCGAAUACUGUGCGAAGGAUUUCCAGCUAGAGUUGAAGGAGAUGCCACCGGAAACAAAGUCCCAACACGCCCUAUCCCAGUGGCUCUGCCGGAUACACAAUCGAGUGAACGUGAAACUGGGCAAACCCGAGUUCGACUGCACGAAGGUGAACGAACGAUGGCGAGAUGGUUGGUUGGACGGGUCCUGUGAUUGAAACGUUUCGGCGCUCGGAUGUCGAUUUGAAAAAAAAAAAAACACACACACACAAAUGUAUUGUUCUUUUGUAUGAUAACACGUUCAUAUGUUUUAGAUUAUAUUUCUCUUAAGCUUC